GACACCCCACCCCCACCCAGUAUGUGCGCUUGCUCCGUGAAGAAGCGAUGGCGUAUUUAGGUUAGUGUGAAUGCGGAAUAAGAGGGGUGACUUGGCUGGCUGAUCACAAGACUCGUUUCCACGUUUUGCUAGUUUUAUUUAGCAAGGAUUGUAUUGAUAAAGAGGUGGUGGAAUAAGCUGCAAUUAUCUCACUGGCUAUUUGAUCGGAAUAUAAUAAAUAAAGAACAUUGUAUACUGAGAUAGCGACAUAGCUAAUAUUAGCAAACUAGGUAGCUGGUUAAAAAAGGCGUCUAAAGCGGAAGUGGUGGAAGAAGUGCCCCGGAUUGUAAAUUGCUGAUCAACAAGGUUCGUCGGUUUGCGGAAAUCGUGAAAGAUGGACGGCGACGAGGGCGUGGCCUCCAAACGAAUCCUCCUCGAGCCGUACAAGUACCUGCUGCAGCUGCCAGGGAAGCAGGUCAGGACGAAGCUGUCCCAGGCAUUUAACCACUGGCUCAAUGUCCCGGAAGACAAACUGCAGGUGAUCAUCGAGGUGACGGAGAUGCUCCACAACGCCAGCCUGCUGAUCGACGACAUCGAGGACAGCUCCAAGCUCCGGCGGGGCUUCCCCGUGGCCCACAGCAUCUACGGCAUCCCGUCCGUCAUCAACUCGGCCAACUACGUCUACUUCCUGGGCCUGGAGAAGGUGCUGACGCUGGAGCACCCCGAGGCCGUCCGCGUGUUCACCCGCCAGCUGCUGGAGCUCCACCGCGGCCAGGGCCAGGACAUCUACUGGCGAGACACCUACACCUGCCCCAGCGAGGCCGAGUACCGGCGCAUGGUGCUCCAGAAGACCGGCGGGCUCUUCGGCCUGGCCGUGGGCCUCAUGCAGCUCUUCUCCAGCUGGAAACAGGACCUCAAGCCCCUGCUGGACGCGCUGGGCCUCUUCUUCCAGAUCCGCGACGACUACGCCAACCUGUACUCGCGGGAGUACAGCGAGAACAAGAGCUUCUGCGAGGACCUGACGGAGGGCAAGUUCUCCUUCCCCACCAUCCACGCCAUCUGGUCGCAGCCGGAGAGCACGCAGGUGCAGAACAUCCUGCGGCAGCGCACGGAGAACGUGGACAUCAAGCGCUACUGCGUGGACUACCUGGAGAAGGUGGGCUCCUUCGCCUACACCCGCCAGACCCUGCGCGACCUGGAGGCCAAGGCCUACGCCCUCAUCCGGGACCUGGGGGGCAACCCCGAGCUGGAGGCCGUGAUCGAGCACCUCAGCCGCAUGUACAAAGAGGAGUGAACCCCCCCCCCCCCCCAAAUCACCACCCAUCGUCCCAAACAACCGUAUGUUCUCCCCCACGUCCCUGGGUUUCUGGCUCUUACUGUUUCACGUCUUCAUUGAGAGCCUUCUGUUAUAGGGUCUUUAAGAGCAACAGAGUCUGUUGAUUUCUGUUUUGGCUCCUAAUCAGUUAAAGCGCUUGAUUAUUCUUAAAAGCCGAUUACAGUUGGUUAACCUCGCCUGGUUUCUCGGGUCCAAACCGGUCGCUGGUUUUGGAGCAAAAACCGAAACCAGCAGAACUUGUGGCCUUCCGGGAUGAGAGCUUGCAGUCGCUGCUUUGUGAAAACUACGGUUUUUGCAACCAAAUUCAAACAUUUCCCAUACACCUUUCCUGCACAGAGAAGCCUUAUUACAUGCUUGUAUUUUCUGUCACAAAAUAAAUGGUUUUUACUAUUGUAGUCCA